CCGGAAGAAAGCAGAAAGCAUUUCCCGCCCCUCGACCAUUGAACUUAAAAUUUGGGGAGCACUCCCUUCCUCAAGCAAGAGUUAGGGUUUCAUGGAUCUGCAAUCCCCUCGUCCCGUCACCACCGUUCGCCGGAACCCACCGAGAAAGGCGAAGCAAGCCUCAUCAGCCGGUGCCCUAAGUUCCUCAAAGCCUUCCAAUGCCGUUACUGGCAUCACUCCCUUCCCACUCGACGAAAUCCUUGAGCCCGAGCCGCUUCAGACCUACCCCCUUCCGAAUCAGAAGCUUCACAAAUCUAACGUCGGGGUUUCCAAUAACCUCAAGGUAUUCCUCCGAAUUCGCCCCCUCAUGUGUCCGGUCUCGCAAUGUUCGAACGUCGCCGGAGGCGAGGCUAGAGCUCCGGGGAGGGGUAGAGUUUCUAAGGAAGGAGAUAGGAAGAACAUGCCAUGUUUGGUUGUGAAUAGCUCAAGCUCGGUCACGCUAAAUGCCCCACUUUCAUCGCUGGAGUCCAAGCGUGCUAAAAACGAGGUUUAUGAUGGUUUUUCGCAUGUCUUUCCUCCGGAAUCCAUUCAGGAGGACAUUUAUGAUAAAGUAAUGCAACCUCUAGUAAUGGAUUUUAUGGAAGGACAUAGCUCUCUUCUAGUUGCAAUGGGACCUACAGGUUCUGGGAAGACUUACACAAUGUUUGGAUCUCCACAGCAACCGGGUAUUGUGCCUCUAGCAUUAAGGCAAAUAUUUAAGCAGACAGCUGAUAAUGUGAAUAUUCAAGCCUCUAGGACAUAUUAUUUAUCCAUAUUUGAAAUACAUUCUGAACGAGGAAAAGUAGAAAAGAUUUUUGAUUUACUUCCAGAAUCUAUGCCACACCAGCAGGCAAGCAUUAGCAGUCUUAAGGAGGUCAAGAUUUCAUCAGUUGCUGAUGCAGAAAAAAUAGUGGCACAUGGCAUUUUCAAACGAUCUACUGCUCCCACAAAUGCAAAUAAUCAAUCAAGUCGAUCUCAGUGUAUCAUUAAUGUUCGUUGCAUUCGGAAGAGUGACGCUGAUGAUCAUUCAUGUACUAAUUCAGUUCUUACGAUCGCAGACCUUGCUGGAGCGGAGAGAGAAAGAAAAACGGGGAAUCAGGGUGCAAGGCUCUUGGAGAGCAACUUUAUUAAUAACACAUCCAUGGUUUUUGGACAAUGCCUAAGAUCUUUGUUAGAGCAUCAGAAAAACCCUAAGAAGCCAAUCGAGAAACACUUCAAAAACUCACUGUUGACACGGCACUUGCAAGAUUACAUGGAAGGCAAAAAGCAAAUGACUCUGAUUCUAACUGUGAAAGCAGCACAGGAAGACUACAUGGAUACAUCUUUCAUUCUGAGACAAGCAUCUCCAUACAUGAAAAUCAAAUUUUAUCUUCAAGAAAAUAAUAAUAUACCAUGCCAGAAGAGAAAGGCUGCAUUAUUUAUAACAGAAAGAACUAAGAGGAGGAAAGCUAAUAUCUCUGAAGUUCCGGUGAUUAAUGGAAAUGAUGUUGUGAUGGAUGCGACUGCUUCAAGUAAAAUAUCUGUGAAAGAUUCUGCUGGAGAGGAUAUUUGCAAGCAAGGUUACGCCGAGUUCCAUGCUGAGUUUCAAAAGAUCAAGAGGAGUGAAGAAGUUAUGAGGAAUUUUGCCAGAGCUUUGUUGAGCACGCUAAAGCAAUAUAAAGAUAAGCUUAAGGAAUCAGAGAAUGAAGUACAAUAUCUCAAGGAAACUCUUAGAAAGCAGAGUGCUCAUGCCAAAGAAAUGGAGAAAGAGUUGAAUGAAACCAGAAAUAUACGCUUAUGUGUAAGUAAUCCUCCAGUGGAAGAAUGUGCUAAAGCGCUUUCAUUUAAUCCUGGUGUUUCUGUGCCACCGAUUCCUUCAGAUCCAGACCACAUACAGGACACUGUUGCUCUUGGCGAUGAAAAUAAUUAUUUUUUGUCUCAGAGUCCUGAAACCUCUGCAAAAAUUGAAAUGGGUCGGGAGACAAAAGCACUUGAUGAGAGUUUGUCUGGCGCAAAAACUACAGGUGAUAGCGAUGAGUUUUCUUUGCCACUUCAUCCAAGGACACUGGAACAGGUAGACAUGUCUGCUGAGGCAUUUUCAAGCCUGCCUUCGGAGGAAAAUGUCGAGUUAAGUUAUCAGUACUCUGAUGAGAACUCUGAAAGCUUCCAAAAACUUACUCAAAGCUCUGAGCAGGUGGGAGAGAUGGGUCAGGUGGUCAUGAAUUUUUCAGACGUUGCUAGUUUAAAAGGACCUCGCAGCAAUGCUACUGUAGAUGUUCCAGCAAAUGUACAUCAGUUCACUGGGAAAACUGCCAAUCACUCGUAUUGUUUUACUCGACCUACUGUUCCCCUAGAACGUGAAGGGUGUAUUUUACGUUUGCCUGGGAAUGAAGAGAUCUCAAUCAUGCAAGCCGAAAAGCUUCAGGAGCAAUCAGGGCUAAAGAUAGCACUGAAUGAGAAUGUUCAGCAGAAUACCGCAUCUCAUUCAACAGAAGCAUUAAAAAGUGAAGAGGAUGACCCUUCUCUCAGACCACUAAAUUCCCAAAGACCUAAAAGGAUGUUGCUGCCAGCGUCAACUAUUCAUUUUAAGGACUUCAAUGGAUUAUUCAUGGAUGAGAAUGCCAUGGAGGUCAAACGCAAGAAAACUGACAGCGUAAAAGCAAGAUCAGACGGCAGCAUCUCCCUUAUUCGCAUUUUAAAGAGCAAUCUUCCUCGCUAGUGACUAUUAAACACACUGCAAGUAAGUUGCUUUCUUUGGCUACCUUCGAUCAUGCUUUAAUCAAAAAAAGAACACUUGGGAAUGAGUGGAUCUCGUACUAAUUCUCAGAUGAUUAAAUUUAAAGAAUUUAACCCUCCAUAUAUGAUGAUGAUUAGAGAGAUGAAUCUGUAUAUUGUGUAAUAAGAGGUUAUAUGGGUCCUGCUCUUUGAAUUGUCAGGAUAGUAGAAAGUUCUAUGCAACAAGUUAAACAAGUCAAAAAUAAUUGUAGAAGAAAGUUUGAAUGACAGAUAUUGUAAUUUAGUUUAACUGCA